AUGAAUUCGGCGGCCAGCUGGUCGAUACUGAUUUCGAGUUGCUCCUUGGGAUCACAUUGUGAGGCUUUGAAGCUACCUCCUCGAAAGUUCACCCCCACACCAUUGGCUGCAGAGGACUUCAACGAACGCAAAAAUACAAAAAUAAAACGUCAAAAAAUGAAAGAAACAUACAACAGCCGGUGUUCGCCAGUGGUCACCCACCUGACUACUAAUCUGCCUCUCAUCAGCUUGACCGUGGGAGAGCGGACGGGAUCCCGUAUAUUCUGA